AUGAAUCAUGAAAUUGGAAAAGAGAUCAACACCUUCGUAGAAUCUCAUAAACGACUUCUUGCAGUGCUUCGAGAACGUCAGAAACGUCGAAAAUUACUACUGGAAACUAAUGAAGAACUAAAAAUUUUUUUGAAUACAGAAAAAAAACGACGUAAAUCUCCAGUUUGCAAUAAAUCUAAGAAAAAUGAGAAAAGUGUCGGCAGAUCUUAUAAUAAUCUUUAUGGCGGCGUGGGAGGCGAAAUUUCUUCAAGUUUUUCACGAAGGGGAGAAGAACGGCUUAGGAAUCAAGAGGAGGUGGGAUCCCAAAUUAUCACCACGUCCAAAGUUGAUAAUACACAGGAGGGGGAGAAAACGAUUCGAAAUGAUUAUUGUCAAUAUUUUGUUGAUUCAGGACGUCGUCCCCAAAAUUUCAUUAGAGAUACUGAACUUUCACAACGCUUUGAUGAAUAUCCCAAAUUAAAAGAAUUGACCAAAUUGAAAAAUGCUUUGGUGAAAAGCAGAGCGACAUCCCCAACUUAUCUAAAAGCGGAUCUUAGGACAUUUGAUUUAAAAUCACUUGGAACCAAAUUCGAUGUCAUUUUGAUCGAUCCGCCUUUAGAAGAUCUCAAAAUUGAGGAUGUAGCCGCAACCCCUUCAUUUAUCUUUAUUUGGUCAGGUGAUGCAGAUGGCUUAGAUCGUGGUCGUCAAUUACUUCUUAAAUGGGGUUAUCGUAGAUGUGAAGAUAUUGUAUGGAUAAAAACCAAUAAGACUUGGGAGGGAAGUCGGUUUUUUGAGGAACGAUCUGUUUUUCAAAGAACAAAAGAACAUUGUAUAAUGGGUAUUAAGGGUACUGUUAGGCGAAGUACUGAUGGACAUUUUAUUCAUUGUAAUGUGGACACGGAUGUUAUUAUAUCAGAAGAACCAUCAUUUGGCAGUACACGUAAACCUGAAGAAUUGUAUCAUAUAAUAGAACAUUUUUGCCUUGGACGUAGACGACUGGAAUUAUUUGGAGAGGAUCACAAUAUACGUCCGGGAUGGCUUACUAUCGGAAAUGAAUUAUCAAGUUCUAAUUUUAAUGCAAAUACAUAUGCAUCAAAUUUAUCAGAACCAAAUGGAUACCUGCUUGGUUCAACGCCGGAAAUUGAGAAUUUGAGACCAAAGUCACCCCCACCUCGAGAUACUUCUACUCCUAAACUUGGUGUUGGCGUUCCUCCUCAAAUUCCUCAAAUAACUCCAUUUUCCACCCGAUGGAUUCCGCCCCCACCACCUCCACCUCAACAACCAAUGGAUAAUAAUAAUGUUUAUGGAAACUUAUGA